AUGGCUAGUAGCCGCUCGUCUAGUCCGUCAACUCCCUCGCUCAAGUCGCAGCAGCCACCGAGCUCACCACCUACGCUCGCUGCUCCCGUCCCGCCUCCAGUCCCCGUUGAGACACAUCCGAAUCGCGCUGGUAUUAAAUCUCGGCCUGUACGAUAUCUCUCGCCGGAUCCAAGCAGGCUUGCGCCGGAAGACGCUUACUUUACUUCGCCUCCGAGGCUACGUCCGGGGAACGUAGCAGCAGGCGCCAGGAGAGAUGGCGGAAGUACCACGAGCGAGACCGCGCAGCUACUCAACAGGAGUGUUGCGACUCCAGCGGCGGUAGCGGCCUUGAGGAUUCCGCCUGCGGUGCCUGGAUUGGAGUCGAACCCUGUCAAGGAUCGCCGGAGAGAUCGAGGUCGUCGCAAAAGAAAGGGACAGUGGAAGAAGCUUUUGUGGGUUAAGCAGUCUUAUCCUGAUAACUAUACGGACACUGAGACCUUUCUCGACCAUUUACAGCGAAACCCUCGACUCCAGCCAUACGAUUUCUGGCCUCUGGUGGCUGAUUUCACUGUCAUCGUACAGCAUGUCUGCUCCGUCAUUAUAUUCGUCUGCUGUUUUACUGUCAUAUUCCAGGAGCGUGUCAACCCGAUCACUGUGGUCAGCUGGGGGAGUAUUUGUACCAUCCUCGGCUGGGUACUUUGGGACUACUGGGUCGCAAAGGAGGGUAUGGAAGCCGCAGAGGCCAUGGAGGCUAUGAAGCUGCUGAAGGAGUCUAGCGAAGCUACUCGUAACCACUCUACCUCCAGCUGUAGCAACCCAGAGAGCCUUGAUGGGAAGGACAACGAAGUGAACGGUGGUCUUGGAUUGUCGCUGGAUACGUCUAGUAUCGAGAGCGUACCCAGCAGAGAAGGCUCAGAUUCAGGUUCAGGGACACGCUCUCACUCCAUCAGUACCUCUGCAACAUCUUUGCAUUCAGAUCAAUCUGCUCCUCUCUCACUAUCUCCGGUUUCGACGAACUCUGCGGACUGCGCACUCGGGUCCAAGUCAGACGCCUCUUGCACCAAGGUCUCUGGCGCAACUACUCCGUCAUCACCACUACAAGCACCCUCGCCAACAGCAGCGUUUAUAGCGUCACGACACCGACAAAUGUUCACCACCGUGAAAUCCUCCCUGUUAAUAUUCUGUACCUUGCGUGGCCUUAGUCCCAUACUCAAAUCACUCACCAAAUCAACAACCAGCGACUCAAUCUGGGCCAUGAGCUGCUGGCUAAUGGCCAUCAACAUCUUCUUCUUUGAUUACGGAUCUGGAGAGAAAAAUACCCCCGUCGGCGGUGCUGCUACUGCCAACUUUCCUGCCUCUCUUUCCACCAAUGCAGCUCUAAUGGCAUCCACCGUGCUUGCAUCUCGCCUAAAAUCCACUUCUCACGUCUUCAGCCUUACCCUCUUUUCAAUCGAAGUAUUUGGCCUUUUUCCUGUCUUUCGUCGCCAUCUACGGUCUUACUCGUGGCGCGGGCAUGUGGCUCUCACCGUAGCCUUGGUUCUGUUGGCCAGUGCAUCUGUCGGUAUCACGUUGAGAGGGGGACUUUCGGGUGCCAUAAUUGGUAUCUUCAUAGGCAGCCCGUCAACCGCCUUGAUAAUGGGCUGUUGUAGCUGGUGGCUUAUCAGUUUGCAGCGGUAUAAAAAUGUUGUCAUCGGACCCUGGGAUCCAGCAAAGCCCAUCAUACGACGCCAUUGGGACUGA